AUGCUGCUCUGGCUGGUUUGGUUCGAAACCCUAUGGUGGCUGGCUCUUGGCGCCAGGAUCUUCGAAGUUCAUGACACUGAUGAGUUCUAUGAUGCGGUUCUAUACGGCUACAGCAAUGCCGAUGCCAAUGGCAACGCCAAUGGCAACGCCGGUUCUGCCGGCGCUCUGUCGCCCAAAAGCACGCUGCUGUACGUGUAUAAGCCCGGUUGUAGGUACUGUGCGGCUUUGGAGCCCAAACUCGACUACCUAACCGAUAUGUUUCCAAACGAAGAAGCCGUCCAAUUCGUAAAGAUCAAUGGGGUGCAGGCAUCGCAGCUGGAAAUUGACUUGAAUGUGCGGAGCUUCCCGCAACUCUUUCUGUUCAAACCAAAGUCUCCUUCAGGAGCCAUAAAGAGCGUGGAUGGUACAGAUAGCAGGCAUACUGUUCACCAUUACUACACUCUUUCUCGGUUUCAAGGCGAGCGCACCAUCGAGCGAUUGGCACAGUGGGUGUCGAAAACCGUUGGAGAAAUGAUACAUUGGCCCGAAUCGAGAGUUAACUACGACAUUGUAGACAUGGAAAGUUUCAGAAACACCUUGCCGCAAGAUGCGGUAGACACGGUGUUCCCCAGUCCCGAAGCAGAAACUACGCUUGGGAAUGCCAGCGCCGUGUGUCUCGCUUUUAUUAACCCGUGGAUUGACCUCUAUUACCAGGAUAUGUUCAAUGGCGACAUCGAAGCGCUUAUCCUCGAAAAGCUAAGCAAGGCCUGGCCCCAAGUCAAGUUUUACGUACUGGACACGUCAACUCCAGAGUUGUCUCCUUUGUUCAGACAACUCCAAAUAUCGCAUGCUCCAACUAUCAGCUUUAUCUACGAUGGAAAAAUACUAUACACUCAGCUAUUGCCCAUGGAUAGAAACUCCAACUCGAAAGAAGAACAGUACCUUGCAGACAUAAUAUCUACAUGUGUGGUUGGAGCCCAAGAGGAAGAGAAACAAUGCGAAGAUUUGAUUCGGUCUUUAGAUUACGCAGACUUCUUCAAGCCCUCGUCGCCCUUGGCAGAUGACGCUAACGACCCUGAGUCUGACCUGCGAUCCUCAGAUGAAGAAGACGAGAACGAACUUGACGAAGACCUACCUUUCGACAUAUACGACUUGUAA